GUAAUGGUUGACCGUAGUAUAUUUUGAUAUGUGAAAUACUUGACUUUUUAAAAAGGCUUACUUGCGGAUAUUUUAUACGAAUCAAGUUUAAGACUGCAAGAACAAAUGCAGCAGAUCGACAUCAGGACAGGUGCUAUUUUCCUUGGGCCUACAGGUUCAGCAGACACGGAGUUUAAAACAGCGGACAGUUGUAAAGACUGGGUUGAUCCCCUUGGUAGUCAAUUCUCAGAGGCUUAUUGAGGAAAGCUGAUAGAUCACAAUCACAGAAAAUGAUGGACGGAGAAGAGUAUGAAAAACAAGCUAAAGUUCUUGUGGAUGAUUUCAUAAACAAUGCUAUACAAAAGUUGGAAAUUGGAAUGCUGGAACGCGAAAAAACAAUAGACUCCAUGAAAAAGGAGAUGGUUAGACAUAAUGCAUUCACAAGCAGACAAGAGAACUAUGAGGUCAAGGAUAUAAACUGGCUAACCAUCCAAAAUUUCUCUGUUGAAAAAGGCCAAGAGAAGAUUAUGGAGUAUAUUCAGACAUGGGAGUACGAGGACAGCUGGUUGUACUGUAUAGAAUUCCUGGGUGAGGAUGAACACGAGUUUGACACCCGCUAUAGGUACCGUGUCCGCUGGAGCAUCCCCACCCGCAGGAAACCUGUACCCAGGGCUACAGCUUGUGUCUACUUUACAUUCCAAGUCUCCAAGAUCAAGCCCAAGCAAUAUCCAGUGGAAGUCUUUUAUGUCUUUGAAACAAACAGACUGGUGCAUCGACCAGGCGAGUCUAGGUUCAGGGAGAAAUGGCUGAAGGACGUCAUAGAGAGUAAAUCUCUCAUUAUGGAAUCUGUUAAUUUCUGACCAUGAACUCUUUUCUUU